GCGGGCCCGAAUCCCUCUUCAACCUUCUGCUUUCUGGAGGGGCACCUUCAACCAGCUCCGCUCUGCACUGGCAGUGGCUUUCCUAGUUUAAGAAUAAGUGGAAGUAAUACUUUGACACAGACACCAUGUCCUUUCUCACUAUCAGCAGGCUAGCACCCAAACUCCUCAAUUCAAAGAAUGCCACCUAUGUCCUUGUGGCUGCCAGACAUGCCAGCGCAUCAACAAAUCUCAAGGAUGUUCUGGCAGACCUAAUCCCUAAAGAACAGACCAGGAUCAAGAACUUCAAACAGCAGUAUGGCAAGACCAACAUUGGACAGAUUACUGUUGAUAUGGUCUAUGGAGGUAUGAGGGGAAUGAAGGGUCUGGUGUAUGAGACUUCUGUUCUGGAUCCUGAUGAGGGUAUCCGUUUCCGGGGCUACAGCAUUCCAGAGUGUCAGAAACUGCUGCCCAAGGCUCCAGGAGGUCAGGAGCCGCUGCCUGAAGGCCUCUUCUGGCUGCUGGUCACGGGACAGGUGCCCACUGAGGAGCAGGUGAACUGGCUGUCAAAAGAAUGGGCCAAAAGAGCAGCUCUCCCCUCUCAUGUUGUCACCAUGUUGGAUAAUUUCCCCACAAACCUGCACCCCAUGUCUCAGUUCAGUGCUGCCAUCACAGCUCUGAACAGUGAGAGCAGCUUCGCGCGGGCCUACUCCGAGGGCGUCCACAAAUCCAAGUACUGGGAGUUCAUCUAUGAAGACUCCAUGGACCUGAUUGCGAAGUUGCCCUGCGUUGCAGCCAAGAUCUACCGCAACCUUUACCGCGAGGGCAGCAGUAUUGGAGCUAUUGACUCCAACCUGGACUGGUCCCACAACUUCACCAACAUGUUGGGCUACAGUGAUCCUCAGUUCACCGAGCUCAUGAGGCUCUACCUCACCAUCCACAGUGACCAUGAAGGAGGCAACGUCAGUGCCCACACCAGCCACCUGGUGGGGAGUGCUCUGUCUGACCCCUACCUGUCCUUCAGUGCAGCCAUGAAUGGCCUGGCUGGUCCUUUGCAUGGUCUGGCCAAUCAGGAGGUGCUGGUGUGGCUGACAGCCCUUCAAAAGGAGCUGGGUGGAGAGGUGUCUGAUGAGAGGAUGAGGGAUUACAUCUGGAACACACUCAAGUCCGGCAGGGUGGUGCCUGGAUAUGGCCAUGCCGUCCUGAGGAAGACUGACCCACGCUACACUUGCCAGCGUGAGUUUGCCCUGAAGCACCUUCCCAAUGACCCGAUGUUCAAGAUGGUUGCCCAGCUUUACAAGAUUGUGCCCAAUAUCCUUUUGGAGCAGGGCAAGGCCAAGAACCCCUGGCCCAAUGUGGAUGCCCACAGUGGAGUGCUGCUGCAGUACUAUGGAAUGACUGAGAUGAAUUACUACACUGUGCUGUUUGGCGUGUCCCGAGCUUUGGGUGUGCUGGCCCAGCUGGUGUGGAGCAGAGCCCUGGGCUUCCCCUUGGAGCGCCCCAAGUCCAUGAGCACGGAUGGACUGAUGGCACUGGUGGGCGCCAAGUCAGGCUGAAGAACAAAGUCAAAGGGAGUUGGGGGUUAGUGUUAAGGGUGGGUGGAAGAGGAAAUAUCAAAUGGCAGAUAUAAGUUGACCCCCUGUCCUUCCCAACCCCAGGGAAAUGAGAUUCAAAGAGACAGUACGCUUUUAAUGUCAUGUCACGAAAAAAAAAGGGCCUUCUAAAUCUUCACACUAUUUGUGUUAAAGUGUGUCAGUUAAACCAUAGCUAAGUUGUCCCAUGAUGCCUCCAUAUUAGAAAGAUGAGAAGUGAAAACUGCAAACACACAUACACAUUCCCCCUAAUUCAUUUACAGUCAUAGGUUUGCUGGAAAAGAUUUGUCUCUGAGAUCCUGGUACAGUGCCCGUGUGUCUGUGUAUUAGCACUGGGCCAGAACUACGAAUAGGAAAUGGCAUUCAAAGGGAAUUGUGGGGGUGAAUUGUACUUCUUUUGUUAAAAGAUCUAGUAAUUAAUCAUCUAACUGAACCGUUGCUGCUUUUGGCCAACGCUGUGAUUUUGUCUUAGGGGAUAUUCCCAAGCAAUUUUAUUCUUUCAAAUUAAGUGUCAAUAUGAUUUUUCUAUGCAAUGUUCCCAGAUGUCGUCCCACCCAGUCUAUCCAUACAUUUCACUCCCAUUAUGAACACUCCAGUUUAGGAAAAACGUCCCAAUAAAAUUAGCAAGCU